CCUGUCUUCAAUUCACUUACUCCCUCACACAGUGAGGAAACGAAGCUUAAGAGAAAGAAACAGAAGUGCAACUAAAGGGGUUAAGGCUGAAAAGGCAGAAACAAAUCGAGAGAGACGACGUCUCCAGUCCGCACAUCCCCAAAGACCUGCAGAGAUGGGCUGUAAGUUAUCGAAGCCCCGUGGUUCAGAUGAAGCUCCGGGGAAGAUCUUCUCCACCCUCAGACGAGCCCAAGUGGAGACACAGUGUGGAGUGGCUUACACAUACCAUUACCUAGACUUCCUGUUAGGAAAAGAAGAAGUUGCAGUGUCUUCACUGCUGUGUCUGUCGUCAGUGAGAGAGCUUCCGGUGCAAGUGUGUGAGUUAUAUCAGAAGGGAUUCAUACUGGCUGCUGUCCAUCCAUUCGUUCACUCCGGCGGCCCUGCCAGCGCUAACCUGCAGAAACAGUUACACCGAGCUGUGCUCAUCAAAGAAACACCCAAUAGUUCCGACAGCAGUUUGCUUAACUGGGUUGGACCUCAUCUCGCUACAGACGUGUGUUACUUAGGUCACCAGGAACCCGACCCAGAAGUUGUACAGGGCUAUGUGAAAAAGGUGCAGGAUUUGGCUGAUCAGGGUGAUCUCUUUGUGGGAUUUUUGCCACAACCUGGCGGUGGUCCAUAUUUCCUUGGUCACUUAGAGACAGACGAGCUUUCCUCCCUGCACUCCAGCCCGUGUUCUGUGGAUCGGAGACAUCUGACCAUCAGCCCGCCGAGCGAGCGACAACAGGAGGACGAUGCCAAUGAGGAUAGUCGAAACCAAAAUCUUGCAAAGUUCGAUUUAGAUUUCCCAGGUCAAGACUUAAUCAACCAGAACCUUCAAAUGCAGGACUCAGAGAGCAGGCAGUGUUGGAAUAACCAAAAUCCUUUCACUGAGAAUCCUCAGUAUCUUUAUGAACGUGAACAUACCCGGGAUGAGGAUUUAAAGAAUCAAGUGGAGUCUACGAUAAGCUUUCGUGCACCAGAGACGCAUCCGGCCCGAGGUACUAAAACAGAGUCUGUGCUGCCUGACUGUGAUUUGGCAGAAAACCAGCAACCAGACCAUAGAGAGCAGGGCAGAAGUCAAGAAAAACACAGCAUGUGCACUGGAACCACCCAGAUGCUGAAUCGCGUACAGGUCUUUGCUCUGUUCAACCACACUAUGGUUCUGUCAGGAUCGCCAAAACUCUUCUCUCUGAGGGUUCCACUGCAUGUGCAAAGGGAGGCGGGGCUUGUUAGCUCGGUUGACUCCCACUGGCUGGAUCACAUGACCCACCACUUCAGAAGUGGUGCCCGGCUCAUCGAUGGCUACUAUCACCUGGGAGCAGAUGCAGCAUCUUCAUUCACGGUGGAGAGUGUUUUCAUCUUCCAAAGUGCCCCUGGUGAUGUCACGGCAACCGCAGCGUAUGAUGCUAUUGUAGUGGAGCAAUGGACUGUGAUUGAUGGUGUUGCUGUGAAGACAGACUAUAUUCCUCUACUUCAGUCUUUGGCUCCGUACGGUUGGAGACUGAUGUGUGUGCUUCCCACCCCUGUUGUCAAAACUAAAAGUGAUGGAAGUCUGGCCACAAAACAGAUCCUGUUUCUCCAGAGACCCACACUGCCUCGCAAGAGGAGAGAACUGACGAAACUGUCCCUCAGAGGUCAAAACAAGAGAAACUCAAAUAGCAAGAAAACUCUGGAGACCGAGAUCGCACCGCUGGCAACGAUCGAGAGAGAAAUGGAAAAGAUGGAUAGAGAACGAACACGUGACACUACCAAAACGGAAAAAGGACAGAAUUUGUCGAAAAUGCCAAAGAGGAGAGAUCAACCAGAAAAGACGCAGGAAUACUGCAUACAGAUGGAUAACAUCGCGUAUGUUAAUAAGGACAGAAUUAAAAUCACCAAUUCUACCAAUCACCAGGUAAAAAGCAUGAUUUCAUGUGCUAAACUAAAGGAAAAAAGACCGGUCGGAACAGAAAGAGCACUAUUCUCAGGAGUCUGCUGACAGUAUUCAUUUAUGCAUAUUGAACCAUUGCAAUAUGUUCAUGUUUAUUCAGGCAGAACGGCGUCUUUUCAGGCCCUCGUCCGCGCACGUACCUCUGCUGACAGAAUAAUUGUCCCGUAAGAUUGCGAGGAGGUCUUUUGAGUCACUUUUGGUAAUUUGGGUGGUAAAGGCUAAUCUUUAAAGGUGAAGUGCGUGCGCAGAAAACUGAGAGACGUGUGAUUUGAGCAAAUCUGUGAUGAUGUUAAAACGCACUGACCUUUCAGAACGUUACACACUUUGUCAAGAGACAGCUUGUACCUUUGUGAAUUUGUUAAAUCAUUUUGUUACAUGCCAUAUUACCGUAUAUACUACAGUAUAUUUUGUUUUCAUCAGUCCAAUUUAUGACCAACAAUAUCCAUGAGCAUUUUUAUUGUAAUGCCCAGUAUAUUGUACUUGAAAUCUGACUUUGUAAAGUAACAGUUGUAGUGGAGGUUUGUGUUUAUGGUUUAAAUAAAAAUGACCAAUAAUGGCUUUCUGAUGACAAUUAAAGGCACAUGACUUAAUAUCAACAGCUUGCAGUUAUCUUUACAUCUAUGUUAAGUACCUUAAAAUGAUAGUUCAUCCAAAAAUGAAAAUUCUAUCAUCAUAUACACAUACUCUUGACAUUUCAAUGACUUUCUUUCUUUUGCAGAACACAAAAAGAGACUUUUUGAAGAAUGUUGUUAAACGGCACCCAUUGACAUGUAUUGGUUUUGUGUCCAUACAAUAUAAGUUAAUGUGUGCCGGUGCUGUUUGGUUACCAACAUUCUUCAAAAUAUCU